CUGCUGCUGUGGAAGACUCCCCUCCUCCUGCCUGCUGCUGCCGCUGGCUCCUUACUGCUGAGCUCUUGGUGCAACUAGGGAAGGGAAUGGGACUUGGAUGGACAGUGUCUCACCCUCGGGGAGCAGGUGGGCUGGCAGGACAGGCGUCCCCAGGCCGGGAGAAGGAGGCGCUCCCAGGUAGGUGGGUUCCACACAGGCUGGCCCCUCUGCAGAUCCCCACCUCCUGUGACGAUGCUCUGAGCCGCAGUGUAUCCAGUGUUUGUGUCUAUGGACCUGCUCUGAACUGUCCAGCUUGCCUAUGGGGGAAGGUGACACCAUCUGGGCCCCAUCCAUCCUUCCUCACAGCACCCUCAACACCUUAAGCUUCUACCCCCAGCUGCAUUUUGGGAGAAAGAUGGAGUCCAAGGUUUCAGAAGGUGGCCUGAAUGUGACCCUGACCAUCCGCCUACUGAUGCAUGGAAAGGAAGUUGGCAGCAUCAUUGGGAAGAAAGGGGAGACUGUGAAGAAGAUGCGUGAGGAGAGUGGUGCCAGGAUCAACAUCUCAGAGGGCAACUGCCCAGAGAGAAUUGUGACCAUCACAGGCCCAACAGAUGCCAUCUUUAAAGCCUUCGCCAUGAUUGCCUACAAGUUUGAAGAGGACAUCAUUAACUCCAUGAGUAACAGCCCCGCCACCAGCAAGCCCCCGGUGACACUGAGGCUGGUGGUCCCGGCCAGCCAGUGUGGGUCCCUGAUCGGCAAAGGUGGAUCCAAGAUCAAGGAGAUCAGGGAGUCCACAGGUGCCCAGGUCCAGGUGGCAGGGGACAUGCUGCCCAACUCCACAGAGCGAGCGGUGACCAUCUCAGGGACACCAGAUGCCAUCAUCCAGUGCGUCAAGCAGAUCUGUGUGGUCAUGCUGGAGUCCCCACCGAAAGGUGCCACCAUUCCCUACCGCCCAAAGCCCGCCUCCACCCCUGUCAUUUUUGCAGGUGGUCAGGUAAGAGCCGACCCACUCGCGGCCUCCACUGCCAACCUCAGCCUUUUACUGCAGCACCCGCCGCUGCCCGCCUACACGAUCCAGGGACAGUACGCCAUCCCCCACCCGGAUCAGUUGACCAAGCUCCACCAGUUGGCCAUGCAGCAAACCCCCUUUCCUCCCCUCGGACAGACCAACCCCGCUUUCCCCGGAGAAAAGCUGCCUUUACACUCCUCCGAAGAAGCUCAAAAUCUGAUGGGCCAGUCGUCAGGUCUGGAAGCCAGCCCCCCGGCCAGCACUCAUGAGCUCACCAUUCCCAAUGAUCUAAUAGGCUGCAUAAUUGGACGCCAGGGGACCAAGAUCAAUGAAAUUCGUCAGAUGUCUGGGGCUCAGAUCAAAAUCGCCAAUGCCACUGAAGGGUCGUCAGAGCGUCAGAUCACCAUCACAGGGACCCCAGCUAACAUCAGCCUCGCCCAGUAUCUCAUCAAUGCCAGGCUGACGUCCGAGGUCACUGGGAUGGGCACACUCUAAUCCUGCCCACGACCCUCCAUCCUGCACACCUGGCACUCCAGCCUGCAGCCUCACCUGCAGCCGGCCCCUCCUCACAAACAUGAAUAGAGCAUUUUGUUUACUAGCAGAGCCCACAUGUGCUGUGAGCAUGGCACAGACAUCCACGCCCACGCCCCGAGUUAGAUGUGCCCGUCCCCUGCGUCCGCAUGCUGUGCCGGUUACUUUAAUGCUUCAUGGUACCCCGUCUGUGGUGUCUCAGAACCCUGUUCCUUGGUGU